UGAUGACAAGGCUGGUAGCUCACAUGAUGCUGGAGAAACUAGUAAGCCUGCAGAGAUGCCUAUACAGAGAAGAAAACGAAUCUCCACCAUGCCCAAUCUUGUAAAACCUAGAGCUGGACCUUCCCCUUCAUCUGCUCAACUUUCUACAUCAAAACUGCAGAGGCGAGCAUCACAGGCUUCUGAUGGCUGCAAUUCACUUCAGAAGGAUUCCUCUCCAUCAGAAAAGACCAAUGUUGAAAGCUCUUCAAAGUUUCCCAUGCUGCCUGAAAAGAAAACACCAGUGCCACAAGUGCCGCAGUUUUCCCCACUAAAAAAAUCAGUGAACAAAGAACAAACUGUAGGUGUCACGGCUCAAAAGAAUGAUGACGCCUUGCACAAGAGUGUACCCUCCCCACUCAAGGAAAGACCAACACAGGAAAGAUCAGGAACUCAGGAGGAAAAGCUGCCUGCAAAACCUGCCCCUGCAAAAGAGAAACGAAUGUGUUCUGACCGUGAAAGGAUCCUCAAAGCUCGGAAGUUAAGAGAAAUGCUUAAAGAGGAGCUGAAGAAAGAGCGGAUGAAACAGUUGAAACAUAGGCCUCCAGUAAUUGAAGGACGUUCUCCACCAGAUCGUUCUAAAAUGACCAUGAGAGACUUGAUAUACUACCUGCCAGAAAACAAUCCUAUGAAAUCUUCACUGGCAGAAGAAAAGAGAACAGAAAAAAAUUCUGCACUGGGUCAAAUGAAAGAACAGGAAGAGAAAAGCCCUCCUGAUCAUGAAGAAGAAGAUGAAGAGGAAGAAGCCGAGAAUGGGGAGGAGAGUCAGGAUGGUCCACUUCUAGUUCCUCGUGUGAAAGUAGCAGAAGAUGGUUCAAUUAUUCUGGAUGAAGAAAGUUUAACUGUAGAGGUUCUAAGAACAAAAGGUCCACGUGUGGUAGAGGAGAAUGAUCCCAUCUUUGAACGUGGCUCUACAACUACAUAUUCCAGCUUCAGAAAAAGUUUUUACACAAAACCAUGGUCAAAUAAAGAAACGGACAUGUUCUUUUUAGCUAUAAGUAUGGUAGGAACAGACUUCUCCUUGAUUGGACGACUGUUUCCACAUAGGGCCAGAGCGGAAAUUAAGAACAAGUUCAAACGUGAGGAAAAAGCUAAUGGAUGGAGGAUAGACAAAGCUUUCAAAGAAAAGCGUCCCUUUGAUUUUGAAUUCUUUGCCCAGCUGCUUGAGAAGGUCCUAGCAGAUGAAGAAAAGAGGAAGCAAAAGACUGUUAAAAGCCAGAAACCAAAGGAAAAGAAGCCUUCAAGACCUCGGAAGAAGCCAAAAGCAAAAGCUGCCAGCACAGAAUCUGUUAAUGAUCAAGAUGAUCUUCAGGAAUCCAGAACUUCUGAUGCAGAAACAGAAGCAGAUGCUGUGACAGCUGAGAAAGAAAAUGAAGAAUCUCUGGACAUUUCUGAACAGGCAGAAGAACAGGUUGCAUUAGAGCCAGCAUUGGCAAAAAAAAAGAGAAAGAAGAAGAGAAGAGAUGAUCUUGAACAGGAAGUGGCGGAUCUUCCAGAAGAAAUGAUUGUCCCUUCAGAAAUUGCUGAAGAAGGGAAAACCUCUAAGAAAACAGAAAAAGAGAUGUGUGAUGCCAACAGUGAUGGUCGUACUACCUGCAGAGAACUGGAUAGCCUCGGUAAGGGAAAACAAGAUGAGACUACUGAUGCAGAGGAAGAAAGUUCACAGUCCUGUUCAGCAAUGGAUGACAUAAUGGAGAGAGAAAGUGAUGUCAAUUUAUGCAGCUUUGAAGCUAGCAAUGGUGUUAUACUAGAAAUGGAACCUGCUAAACUGAGAACACUAGAUACUGGAGAUGGUACAUCACAGGAAAGCCAGGUAUCAGAUUUACCAGUUUCCAAGAUUAGAAGCAAAGAAGGACAAUCUGCAGAAAUUAGAGAAACAGAGAACAAAGAUGUACUACAUGACUUAUAUAGACCAAGCGAAAAGCAGAGUCCAUCAGAAAGUGAUUCUCAGCCUGAAAUCACGAAAACUGAAAAGCCAGCGGACAGAGGACGUUUGCAAAGACCUAAGCCAAAUUUAGUGAGAUCAUCUGGAAGGAGAGAAGCAGCAAUCCAGAAGAAAACGGAGGCCGAGGGUUCCUCUUCAGACCUUGUGAAAGCAGAUGAAAAGUGCUCUGAGGAAGACAGCAGAAGAAAUAGAAGUGAAGCCACAGAAUUAGAGAACAUGGAUUUGGAUACUAAAUCUGAAGAACCUGAAAAACCUGUAAUUGCAAAGACAAUAGUUAGAGAAUGUCGACAGAGAUUUAAGCCUAAUGUUACAAGAGCAUCUGGAAGGAAGGAAGAGCCUGAAAAGGAUGCACGAAGUGCUGAGGCAUCCCAUCCACAACCUAAGGGGGAAACCAAAAAGAACACUGACCAAAGUAAUAGUGAAGAAGUUGCAGAAAAAGAUGUUAAAGUCCUGGAGCUGAUGUCUCAGUCUAAUGAAACAGCUGGUUUACAAGAGGACGGCAGUCAGCGUGUGCUGAAACAAGCACCUCUGAAGAGAGGCAGAGUGCAAAGACCAAAACCAAAUCUAGGAGGAGCUGUUGCAAGGCAAAAAGAACUGACAGAUGAAAAAGAUUCUAAGGAGGAGAAAACUGAAGGUGGUGAAAUAGAAGAAGGUGUGAUACACCAUAGGGCUGAAGACAGUGAUCCGUGCCUCAAAAAUUACAUACAAGGCAGCGUUCCCAAGAAAAGUCCUCAGAAGCAGAGCUGUGAAAGUGAAAAGGGGUUGUCAAAUGUCUUGAAACAGCUUUUGGAUUUGGAUACAAGGGAGUCUGGUCCUCGAAAGGAAGAGGAGAAAACUGUUGUACCAUCAGCUCGGAUUCUGAGGAGUCGAUUCCAGAGACCAAAGCCAAAUUUAAGAACAACAACUAGUAGGAAAGAACUGCUGGAUGUAAAUAAAAAAUGUGUGUCACAGAAAGAUACCAAUAAAGAAGAAAGCUCAACACAGUCUGAUAGUGAAUGUAGCAUCCUUCCUGAUACAGAUACAGCAGCAAAAUAUGAUGUCCUGCAACCACUGGAAUCCUUAGGAAAGGAGAAGUCACUUGGCUGUCAGGAGGCUGCUGAGAGGCCAAGUUGUAAGUCCCCAAAGACUUUUUCAAGAUCAGAGGAUGGUGAACUUGAGUUUUGUCGACCUGAAAUUAGUCAAGAUGAUACUUCAGCUACUAGUGAAGGACUUGAUAGCAGAAAUACCACUGAAGAAGAAAGUAAACAAAGACCUCUCCAACCUGUCCAGAUAGUGAAGAGCAGAUUCCAGAGGUACAAGCCAAACCUGGAAAGAACUGUCAAAAGGAAGGAGUUACAAAUAUCAGAAAAUAAGAGGGAGAAGUCUGAAGCACAGCAAUUGGUGUUGGAAAAAGCUGAGUCUGCCAUCGGUGAAAAUGAAGCUGUAUUGUGUCAAGCAGAUGUAUCAAGCAAAGACGAACAGGAACAGCGAGAGGUGCCUCAGGUGCUCUCUAUUUCCGAAAACAUACUGAGUGAGCAAAGCAGGUUCAAUGAUAAAUUAAGUUUUGAAGAAGGAAGUAAACAGAGUGAUACAAAACCUCUGUAUCAAGAGGGGGAACCCUACUGGAACGCAAGGCCAAGCCUAAUAAGAGUUAGUAGAAAAAAAGAUUGUCCUGAAGAAGGUGAAAACAGAGAAGAGGACAGCGAGGACAGAAGUGCAGAACCAUGUUUGUUAUUAGAAGAAACAAGUGUAUCCACUCAAAACUUGAGUAACAUCAUGGAAACUACAUCCUUCUCAAAGGCUACAAGACAACACGAUUUUACAGACGCUGAGGAAGCACCUUGCAAAAGAAUCAGGCAGGAUAGCAGACUUCAGACUCCACAGGUGUCAGAGAAUGACAGUCAAGUAGAACAAGAUGAUUCUCAGCUUUCUGCCGCUCAGGAAAAAAAAUCAGACAAUCUCACAAGAAGGCAGUCCCGAAGGUCAUCAAAAUGGAUAGCACUGCCAAAACAUGUCUCGAACCCAAGAACUGCUGCUUCUUCUGCCUCUGAGUGCGAGGCUGAUUGCAAUGAGAAGGGGAAUCAAAGACAACCAGUUAAACUGGGUGUUACUAGAGGCAAAAGUUUGAAAACUAUGCAUAAAAAGAAGCCUGGAAAGGAGCACAGAAGUUCCAAGAUAACCUUGGUGACCCUCCGGGCUUCUCAAGAGGAGGAGGAUGAGGAGGAAAUAGAUGACUUUGAGCCUGAUAAUGAAGAUGAAUGCUUUGCACCAGAGGAAGUAAACAAAGCUCCAGCAUUUAUUCCUAUAGGUCUUCGAUCUCCGAAACCUGUUCCUGUUCAGAUAGAGGAAACCAUGGAGGAGCUGGAAAUACCUGUGAAUGUUCCAGAUCUGCAGGUGGUUACUGAUGGUGGAAGUCUCUCCCAUGCAUCUGUCCAGCCAGAGGUACAGAGAGAGGAAAAAGUAAGCACCUCAGCAGAAACAGCCGUUCAUGGAAAUCCAGAGGUGAACAAAGGAAUUAAUGAUGGAAGCACUGAAGCUGCCAUGACUUUACUAGCCAUGGGUGAUCCAAUGUUCCAGCUAAAAACGAGCAGUGAAGAAUGGACACACAUGUUACCUGCUCAAGAUGAGAUGGACAUGGCCAAUAGCCUUGUAACCCCCACCUGCUCCGAAGAAAAUAGAACUUCUAGUCAGUAUUUACUUUCUUCAGACACUUCUGCCAUGGAAUUAGUCUCUUCUGAGGAUGGAAGCAGCAUUAAUAUGGAGGAUCAAAGCAAUGGCACAAGAAUAGGCGUCGAAGAAUAUUUUGAGAAAAAUGCAACAGAUGCCAGAGAGAGCUCUUUGCCUACCAUGAAUAGUAUGACACCACCAGGAGACAGACUCCUGAAACCUGAGCUGGACUUUGGAGUAUUGAGGUCCAGUGGAAACAUAAUUCAGAAGCCACUUAAUACAAAUGUACUUGUGGAACAAGAGCAAGUUCAAACUGUAUCUACAAUCCUGAGAGGUACUGCAGAAAUGCAGAAGGUGGAACUAGAACAGGUCAGACCAGCUGCAGGUGAUUCUUCAGUCCUUCAUGAUUUUGCAGCUAGAAGUAUGGAACUUACUAAGCAAGCAGAUAAAACUGAGAGAACAGAAAAAGAGAUGAGAGAUGUUUGUGGAAAUUCAGGAGAUUUAAGACCUCUAACUGCAUCACCAAAACCUGAAAAAUCUCACCUUGGACUAGAGGAUUGUCGAAAUCAAAGUUCUGUGGAUGGGCUUCCUAAGCAAAAUCCUUGUCUUCCUGAGCGCAACCUUUGCACAAUCAACUUUACUCAGAAUGAAGCUUGUGCUCAGGAUGCCCAACAAUGCAUAAGCAGCACAGAAGAGACUUCAGUAAUGAACAACGAUCACCGAUGUCCAGAGGAGGAACAGACCUUCAUUUUAACACUGGUGGAAAUCCCAGCUGACUCAAAAGAAUUCGAUGCAUCUGCUUUGCUAGAACAAACUUCAGAGCCAUUACUACCAGCCCCAAUACUUCUGAACCCAAUAAAUGCAAGCGAAACAAGCAUGACUGAAGUGAGGAGCAUUGGAUCCUUGACAACAGCUGAUGAAUUCGCUGCACCUUUAAACCGCAGUAUGGAAACUGAACAACAAGAGAUUGCAUCAGGAGAGCCCAUUCCAGAUUUCCACACAACUCAGAAAAGGUCAGCUGCUGAGCUGGAAGAGAAUGAUUUUCCUCCUGCCAAGAAAGCUCUGCCGACUGUUGCACUGGAAGGUAACUUGGAAGCCACUUACGAGGGUUAUUCAAUUAAAUCCACAUAUGCUCCAAUAAUAGCUUCUGAGGCUUCAGCAAAGGAAGAAGUACUUACACCUCUGUUGGUGUCUGAGUCUGUGUCGCCACUGGCUGAGAGAAGCCAGGUGGAGACUUUGGAGAACUUCGGGAAAGCGCCAAUCAAGAAUUCAGCAUCCAAACAGGAAGAGGAGGUGAUGUCUAAAUUAACUUCUAACAGAACAGCAGAAAUAAGUGGACAAGGGAAGCAGGGGGAUGGGCAUGAAUGUGGACAGUUGGAACAUCCUGGAAGCCUAGCAUCGUCUUCAAAAACUCCAUUGCUCAGCAAAAAACGUAGUUCUGUAUCGGCAGAAGAUACAAAAGGGAAGAGGGGGAAGAUCCAGAAACCUCAGAUUGUGACUCCAAAGAGAAGUCUAAAAAAACCCACUCCUUCCACCAAGGAUGAUAGGGAAACUUGUUCCCUUCCCUCUACAAGCACAUCAUUGGCUGUCGAGCAUGAAAAUGUAGCUGCUGGUGCUUCAGUUAUGGUUUCAAGUAACAAGCCAUCUGAGAAGCCACCCCUUUGUGCUAAAGAUGAAGAGAAGGAAGAAGAGCCAACCAGAAUCUCUGAGUAUUUUUUCAGUGAUAUCUUUAUGGAAGUAGAUGAUUCAGAAUAG